AUGACUCUCCUCUGGCUAACAGCAAUGCUUCCACAAUUGAAACCACCCUCUUGUGAACACUUCAUCAACAGCACUUGCAACAACUCUCCAACCUCAGCCCAACUUGCUGUCUUGUUCUCUAGUUUUGGCCUAAUCUCCAUUGGAGCUGGUUGCAUUAGACCUUGUUCUAUGGCCUUUGGUGCAGACCAAUUGGACAACAAAGACAACCCUGACAAUGAUAGGGCUUUGCAAAGCUUCUUCAAUUGGUACUAUGCCUCUACUGGACUCUCUACAGUCCUUGCCUUGACUGUCAUUGUCUACAAUCAAGAACAUUUGGGCUGGCAAGUUGGUUUUCGAAUCCCGGUUGUGUUCAUGGUUUUCUCUGCUCUCAUGUUCUUGUUGGGCUCUUCUCUUUACAUCAAAGUUGUCGCUAGCGAGAGUUUGUUCACCAGUUUUGUUCAAGUUCUCGUGGCAGCUAGGAGAAACAGGAAAAACAGAUACUCUGAUGAUUUUCAUCAUAAAAGCCUAGAACCAAAGUUCUGUGCACCAACUGAGAACUUGAGGUGCCUAAACAAAGCAUGCAUAAUUACAGAUCCCGAGAGAGAUUUGAAUCCAGAUGGAUCGGCUUCAAAUCCAUGGCAUCUAUGCACGGUGGAACAAGUAGAAUCACUCAAGGCCCUUCUCAAAGCAAUCCCCAUGUUCUCUGCUGGCAUUAUGGUCAUACUAGUCAUCUGCCAAAACUCAUUUUCAACACUCCAAGCGAAAACCAUGAACCGCCACAUCAACUCAAGUUUUGAGAUCCCAGCGGGGAGCUUUUCCGUGUUCAUGAUCGUCACGCUAACACUAUGGGUCACCUUCUAUGACCGUUUCAUGGUUGCGCUACUAGCAAAGUGCACAGGGAGGCCACUUGGGCUUAGCCCCCGUGUCAGGAUGGGGAUUGGAUUAUUACUGUCAUGUCUGGCAACAGUAGUGUCAGCAGUAAUUGAACGCAAAAGGCGUUCAAAAGCAAUUGAACAAGGGUUUCAGGAGGAUCCCAAUGCUGUGGUGGACAUGACUGCAAUGUGGUUGGUUCCACAAUAUGCCAUACUUGGACUAGCCGAGGCGUUUUAUUCGAUCGGGCAAAGAGUUCUUUUACAGUCAGUUCCCUAA